AGUGGUUGGAUAGAGAUACAGAAUAAUGGUAUAUAUCUUUCUUAAAUGAGAAAUUUAUUCAUGGGGUUUUUGGUUUGACUACUGCAUCUUUGUACUCCAUUCCUACGGACCCCCACUUCUCUCUUCCCCAUCUUCCUUCUCCUUUCUCAAAACACCUGCUCUUUGCCUUUCCCCAUUGCCCUUCAUUUGACUUGUCCUUAGGGUUUCUCUCUCCCCCAAUGAUCAAUUUCAUUCUGCGGGUGCCUUUGUAAUCCCCAAAGAUCCACUCUUUAACCCCAAAAUAAGCUCAAGAUCAGUUCAAUUUGCUCAGGGAGGACAGAGCUGAUUGCGAGUAAAACUUCGAGCUGAAGAUGGGAUGUUUCACCGUUUUGAAGAGUAAGAAGAAAAAGUCUGAGAAGGCAAUCCAUGUUAAACGUGUUAACCCUCAGGAUCCCUCGCCUACUGCACUGCCUGAGCCCGAAAUACAAACACGGGCGUUGCAGUCUGCUCCACCGAGUUUUAGAACUAGAGUGAAACCCGUUCAGUCGAAUAGCGGGGUAGCCAGCAGUAAGAUAAGAGUACGCUCUGCCCCAUCGAGCAUUGAUGCCGCAGAACAGGAUACUCUCAUGGCAAAUGAAUGUGACGAACAGGAGGAAUCCAGGUGCCGUGUUGGGUCAAUGAAGGAACAUCCCUCGUCUAUUCCUCAACCGCUUCCUCUCCCCUCACCUCAGAGUGCUGCCUCCCUGAAGACUAUGGGAAGCUUUAAAAUUGGAAAUGCGAGUGGCCCUCUCAAUGCCUCGGGUCCACUUCCACUUCCUCCUAAACUCCCGCCUCCCAUACUGCCUACGGGAACCCUCAGAAACUUUUCGUAUGAAGAGAUUGCAGCUGCCUGCCACAACUUCUCUCCCGAGCGAUGCAUGUCAGAAAGACUUUCUUCUAUCAUCUACAGAGCUUCAUUCGGGGACGAUGCCUUGGGUGCAAAGAAGCUUGACGCGAUCGUCACUUGUCUCCACCCGUCUUCUCAGGGAUUGAAGGAGUUCGUGAAUGAAGUUAACACACUAGCUUCAUUGCAACACCCUUCACUUUGUAAACUAAUUGGUUUCCAUGCACGCGAAGGCUCAGGGCAGAGGAUGUUGGUUUAUGAAAGGCUUUAUCACGGAAGCUUAGACAGGCUUUUAUUUUGCCGAUCUGAUGGCCCCCCCUUAGAUUGGAAUGCUAGAAUGAAAAUCGCCUUGUGUGCUGCGCAAGGUCUCACAUUCCUGCAUGAGGAAGGACCUUUUCAGGCAAUGUUCCAUGAAUUUUCAACUGCCAAUAUACAGAUUGACAAGGACUUUAGUUCAAAACUUUCGGGAUAUGGUUGCAUUACUCACAUUCAAGAGACUAACAUUUGCAGUAGUUCAGCCGUGCUUGCGAAUCUUUCUGCGGAGACAAUGGAGAGGGGUUUUCCGACUCCUAAGAGCAAUGUUUGGAGUUUUGGGAUUGUACUUCUCGAGUUGCUCACUGGCAGGAAGAAUUUGGACAGUGGUCAUCCAAAGGAAGAAAGGAAUUUAGUGAAGUGGAGCCAGCCUUUUCUGGCCGACGAUUGCAGGCUAUCGCUUAUCAUGGACCCUCAGCUGAAAGGUCGGUUCCCAGCCAAAGCAGCUAGGACGAUAGCCGAUAUUGCUCAACGAUGUUUGCAAAAGGACCCCUCCGGGAGGCCAACGAUGAGAACUAUAGUGGAGCAGCUCAAGACGGCACAAGACAUGAAGUGCCCGUCUCGAUUUCCACUUCAGGAGCCAGGAAGAGUAAGCAUGAAGCACAUGUCGAAAUCACCUAGUCUAAACGGGAUUGUCGUCCCCGCCCCAAAGCUAGGUCUUUCGCCUUCGCCACCAACAAGCAGACUAUCAAGGACAGGUGCACCGCGUUUGUCCCUUCCUUCUCGAACAUGCUCCUCCAUCUCAAUGGAAGACCUGGAGCGACUGGAGAGCCGGAGAUCGUCGUCUUCAUAUCUCCGAAGAACUAGUGUUGAAGGUUUUUGAUUGUUCAUAGAGAGUGAUCCAUAGAGAACAUAUUUUUGUUUUUAGGCUUUGCUUUCCCUUCUUGGAAAGUGAUUUUAAAUGAAGUAUAGAAGAUAAAAAGAUGUGGUUUCUCCACCAUGCCAUUCUCCUUGUAAGAAAUCAUGGGGAAUGACAUUAUGUAGAUAUGUUUUCCCCUUAGUUUUCCCUUUUAAGGAUGGGAUAUAGUUUCUCUUCUUGGUUGGUACACUCAUUGUGUGUGUGUAUGCGUAUGUAUAGAGAUUAUAUUUUGGUAAAUCCGUGGAAAA